UCUAUUUUAAUUUUAUCGGUAUUUGAGAGAGUAUAAAUAAUUGGGUUCUUUGAAAGAAAUCAAUAGAGCCGCUUAGUUUGAUUAUGAAAUUUAAAAAGUUGUUUUCGAAACGGAGUAUGAAAGCGUCAAAACAAUAAUAGAACGAGGUUAUGAAAAUUAAAGAAGUUACUUACGAAAGUUUAUUGGAAUGGAGUGAAUAAUGUAUAUGACUACAGAAACAAGUGCAAGUGGAAAUGCCACAUCCUAAUUUAGUCAUUUAAUUUGAAAUUACUAUUUUCAUUGUAAAUUUUGCUUUCAUAAAGUUAAUUGUUUGUUAGAAUGCACUUAACUAGCCUUAAUGACCAGCUUAAUGACAACUCUCUAGUGUUUUCGAGCUAAUUCUACUUCGACAUGGUUUUACCUCAGCCUUCUAAUUGUUAUAAACAAAAAGAAAAUGGUUUGAACAAGAUAUAAGUCUUUUGGUGUAGACAAUGAUAAUAGAAGUCUUAAGUGGUUGUUCAUGAUAUACUCUUGAAAAUGUCAGAGAUGUCCACAUCCCAAGAAAUUCUGCAUCCACAUUUUCGGUAAUCCAAAAAAAUUUGUCAACUGUUUAUUGUACAAAUUCAGGUUAGUCAAAGUCUUUUGGUGUAGAUUGUACCUCUUUCUGUUAUUUCUUGGUAAAGAAAUUCAAAAAUGCACGCUGCUUGUCAAAGAAAAUUCUUAUUUUAAGACAAUUCUAAUAUUUGACAUAUCAACCAACCAUGUUUUUUUCCCCAAAAAAGGGAAACUCAAGGCAUUACAAUUCAACGCUCUGGCUUCAACAUCCAAAUUCUUAAUUGUUAUGAGCAAGUAGAUAUCACCAAGGAAAUUAUGGGACUUAAGAGAAGCAGAAUUUUGUUAGUACUUCUAGUUUCUUGUUUUUGUUUACAGGUUUGCAGUUGUCAAACAGACAGAAUUACAUCAUCUCAGUUCAUAAAAGACCCUGAAUCUAUAGUCUCCAAUGGCAAUAUUUACAAACUGGGUUUCUUUAGUCCUGAAGAGUCUUCAGAUCGUUAUGUGGGAAUAUGGUAUACCAAUAUUUCUGAGCAAACUGUGAUCUGGGUUGCUAACAGAAAUAACCCAGUUAAAAAUUCAUCUGGGAUAUUGACGAUAUCUGAAGAUGGCAAUCUUGUUGUUUUAAGUGAGGAGAACAGGAUCAUUUGGUCAUCAAAUGUCUCAAUUUUUGCAACCAACACAAGUGCUCAGCUUUUAGAUUCUGGAAACCUGGUUUUACAGAACAAUUCCGAUGGAAACAGAAUAUGGGAGAGCUUUCACCAACCUUCUGAUUCGUUCUUGUUGCAGAUGACACUCAGUACUGACGCAAGAAUUGGCAAGAACUUGCAGUUGGUAUCCUGGAAAAGCCCUUCUGAUCCAUCAACUGGAAACUUCUCUUUUGGCAUUGGUCAAGUCAGUAUCCCAGAACUCUUCAUUUGGAACAAUGGUCAUCCAUUUUAUCGUACUGGUCCAUGGAAUGGACAUAUAUUUCUUGGCAUACCUGAUUACUUUCACUCCGGCAACUGCUUCUGGUGUUUUCUACUUCAGCUUGAACUCAGAAGGAAAGAUGUUAAGAAAAGUUUUGGAUGAAGAGAAGGGAGAUUGGAAUAUUACCUCAUCGCUGCCUUUAGACCAGUGUGAUUUUUAUGGAAAGUGUGGGAAUUUUGGAGCCUGUAACUCC